AUGUGUUUUCACGACAGAGAGUUCGGCGACUACUCAGAUCAGAUUGGCAUUCCCAAGAUAGUGAAACGGAUAGUAGGUGAAACGGAUAGUUUUGCCAGUCGCGACGCCCUCGACCUUAAUCCGACAUCAGGAACGGUUUCCAGCCCGGGCGUUGAACCCGGCUCGUGGGAAUACCUCAGAUCCCUAUGCGAUGCUUUGAAAGAUCCCCUUCUCUUGGCUUACCACUGCGGGUAUCUGACGCUCUUAUCUUAUAACAAGCCAUUUGACGUAUACGAAGUAGCCUUCCCGAACGACGAAGUCAAAUUUGGAGUUCUGAAACUUGCAGCUCCGUUAUGUAUGUCCAAGAAGAUGAGUAGAUCUUUCAUUCGGGACCUGUGUAGGCAGCUGCAGUUUGGCAAGAUCGAGCCUUUCUUCAAGACGUUGGGGAAGUACUUCAAACACGUCCCGAGUCCAGGUGUAAGGAUGAUGGCCGUUGCCGUUGUAUAUUCUUAA